CAAAUCCGGCCAUCUUGUUGGACGCGCUUCUCAUAGGACGUGAAUAUUUUGUGACUGUGCAUUUUCUGUUGUAAGUUUUAAGUUUUCUCGACUAAAUUUGACAUCAAAAAAAAAAAAAAAUAAUCAUAACUACAUUGUAGUUUCUGAAGAAAAAAUGAAAACCGAGGACGGUUCUCAAAUGCAAAAUAACGACGAGAGGGAUCGGAGCCGAGAACGCGAUCGCACUAGACGAUCGGAAAGAAAUAGAGUUAAUUCGGCAAGUCGUGAUCGUAGCCGAGACAGAAAUAAUGAUCGAGGAAGAAAAAUUUCCGAAAGACGUAUUUAUGUUUCAAAUAUUCCAUAUGACUAUCGUUGGCAAGAUUUGAAAGAUUUGUUUCGCACCGAAGUUGGCAAAGUGGCACACGUUGAAUUAUUCACUGACGAAAAUGACAAACCACGAGGCUGUGGAAUCGUUGAAUUCGAGGACGCUGAUUCUGUUAAAGUGGCUGUUGAAAAAAUGCAUCGUUUUGACAUUAAGGGACGCAAACUUGUUGUGAAAGAAGAUUACGAUGUAGAACGUGACAAGUACGGUCGUUUGGCUUCCUCUCGUAAUAAUGAUAGGCCACCACGUGAAGAUAGAUUUAGAGAUCCUCCCAGACAAAAUUCAGGAAGACAAAAUAUGUCGGCACCAAGUAGUGGAGGAGGUGGUGGUGGCGGCGGCGGUGGCGGUAAUGACAGCAAAUUUGGUAACACUUAUGGUCUUAGCACACACUUCUUGGAAUCGCUCGGCAUCAACGGGCCUCUAGUCACCCGAGUUUUUGUUGCAAACCUGGACUACAAAGUGGAUGAGAAAAAAUUACUCGAGGUUUUUAAACUUGCUGGUAAAGUUUUACAUGUGGAAUUGGGUAAAGAUAAAGAUGGAAAAUCGCGUGGUUUUGGCGUUGUGGAAUAUGAUCAUCCAGUUGAAUCGGUACAGGCAAUUUCGAUGCUUCACAAUCAACAGCUUUUUGAUCGUCGAAUGACGGUACGUCUUGAUCGUGCCAAUGAGCCUGAUAUGCCACCAAAAUUGCCCGAUGGCUUAAAAGGCAUUGGCAUGGGAUUAGGAGCUAGUGGUAAUCGUUUGACUGAUGUUGCACGUAAUAUUCCCAAUGUACAGCCAAAUAAUCCACCAGUAGUGAGUUCAAUAUCGGCGCCAGUACUUGCGACUGGUGCAUUUGGCGGUGGUUUAAAUAAUGUUGUUCCUGCACAAUUGGCAUCUGUAUUGUCAAAUUCAAAUGCAAAUGCAUUGCAAGCAAGUUUAGCGGCCGGUGGUUUGGGUGCAAAUCUUGCGACAAGUUCACUUUUAAAUCAAUCGUUGACAAGUGAAUUGGCGUCGAAUUUAAGUAAUUUUGGAGGCGGUGUCGGUGGAUUGUCAAGUUUACAAGCAUCAUUGGCAAAUGCUCAGGGAAAUAAUAGUUUUGCGCCAAGAUUAUCAAAAAUGGAUAAUGACAUUCCAUUUGGUGGUAAUAAUGCAUUUGGUGGUUCAAAUUAUGGAGGUGGUCGUGAUUUUGAUGGAUUCAAUAGAGGCGAUGGAGAUCGAGUUUCUGGUGGUAGUGGAGUAUUUUCCACUAAUCAAGGAAGCGGUGGUGGUGGUGGCGGCGGCGGUGGAAACAGACAAAAUAGCAAUGGAUCGCGACCAUUGUCUGACACAAUUUUGAUAGGAAAUCUUCCAUCAAAUGCAACGUGGCAAAUGUUACGUGAUAAAUUCCAAGAGGUCGGAGAAGUCAAAUUCGCUGAAAUGCGUGGUUCCGAUUUGGGUUUAGUGCGAUUUGCAAAUGACUGGGACGCAGAGAGAGCAGUGUCAAUGAUGAAUCGUUCACGACUUGAUGGAAGAACAAUUGAUGUUCGUCUCUACUAAAUCUCGUCAGCACUAUUUUAUUUUGGCGACAAGAGCUCGAUAUUUCGGGGGAUUCUGAAUUCGCUUCGUUUUAAUUGUGAAAGCAUCAACCCAAUUUUGCGUCAGGUCUUGAAAACCUAUUAUUGAUAUUAAAUCGUUUGCCAUCUUUUAGGGAGAGAAAAAAAAGAAAUGAAACUUUUUUACUGGAAACAAAAAUUGUUACCUAAUUUUUUGUACGUCGAACACAAUUUUUUUUGUGUGGAUUUCGGAAAUUCUUUGAAAUAUUGUGAGAUUUACUGAUUAUUUGGUUCUUGGAUGUAACGAUGUUGGAAAAGAUGAACGAAAUACGAAGAUGUAUUCAAGAAAAAUACAAAAGAAAAAAAAAUUGAUAAAAAAAAGUCGAGCAAAAUUCAUCGCAGAAGCCAAAGGUCGUACGCUUUGCACUUUAAUGAAUUAAAUCUAUUUUUUUUUUUUUUUUUUUUUUUUUAAGAAGAUACAUUUCUUCGAUCAAGUGUGACUUUUUUUUGUAGAACUUUGUGAAAAAUUGUUCUACAUUUAGGGGACGAGUUGAAUUUUGUUGAUUGAAGUGGCAUUUGUUUUAAUUCACGUUGCUUUAUUAGAGUUCAAAGAUUUUUGAGAGCAAAUUUUUUUUUCUAUCCUGAAGUUCUCUAUUUGUGCAUUCAAAAUGUUAGUUCAAUUAAUUUUUUGUAUUUAUAAAAUGUAUAUUCCAUUUUGAAUUAGUUGAAGAAAUUAAAUUUAAUGCAUGAAAGAUAGAAAAUAUUUAUGUCAUUAUUGAAAUGUCGCUUUUUUUUCAAUGAAAAAAAAAUGCAUAAACUGAUUUUCUUUGAUCUGAUGGAAAAUUUGAUUAAUUUUUUUUUUCUUUCAAUUUGUUAAUGUAUUAAAAAAAAAAAUAAUUUUUUUUUUCAAACAAUAAAAAGAAAACGAGUCCCUGGUCUCUAUAAGAAUUUUGCAAUUGUCCAUAAUAUUCAACGUUACGAAUUUAGUUUUCAGCGUUGAUAGUUUUUAGUCUUUUAGUAUGUUAUUUAAGGUGAGGUAUAUUGUGGUUUGAGAGGUAGCAAUGUCUUCAGUCGUAAAAUUAAAUUUUGUAAACAUUUUUUAAAUUUCAAAAAAAGCAAAACAAAAACAAAAGAUAUGAGAAUAAAUAUCUUACUCGCAAUAAUAGGCUGUUGGUUCAAUUUUUGACGAAAUAAAAAAUAAAAAGAAAGAAUAAAGAAUGGUUGAUAGUUUUGUUAUCGAUAUGUUUACCAAAAAUAAUUGGGUUUUUUUUAAAUAGAAAACUACAAUGACAAUUUUGUUUUUAAUUCUCCAUAUAUUAAAUUAUAUAAGCUUAAUAUUUAUUAUUAUUGUAAAUUUUCUCGUUUCUUGAAAGGUGUGAUUUUUUUUGUUUUUUUUUGGUAAACAUAUUUUUUUCCUCUCGCCACGUAGAUCUCAAGGAAUAUUCUACGCAUUAUAUAACAUUCUUGUAUACUCAUUACUAUUGCAAAGAUGGUGAUUGAAUAAAUUUCAAAUUCAAUUUGUCUAUGAAAUCA